UCGCCGAAUGGUCCACUCCACGACGACAACGCUCAUCUUGCAAGGAUAAUAGUUGUCGACCGGAAAUCGAGGGCGCGUGCAGAAACCGAGAACUUCACUGUGGCGUGUUAUCUCUUCAAUGGUUGAGGGAUGUACAAGCUGUAUCCAUUCUUGAGCUUAAAAUGUGUGUCGUCGUACACGACCUUGAUCGCGAUCAAUGGCAUCCCUGAAAAGCGGUCUUAUAAGACUGUGAAUCCUUGCCGCUGUCUCGAAAUGGCUGGGAGACCGAGUGCCACAUCAUCGCUCGAUCAGAAACAUGAGGUCAAUUUCAUUCAAGGAAGGUGCACAAUUGUGCAUAAUCGCACGGUGACCUGCAUCUUGCGGCCUCUUUCACAAUGGCGGCAUAUCCCAAUGUCACAAAUUGUACAACAGAGUGGUACACGGUCGAUGCGCAGGCAGUUGGGGGGCCGAAGUCGAAGCUCGAUUGAGAAAAGGCCGCCUCGUACUUCCACAGCCUUCAUCGCCGGCGUCUGGAUGGGUGCGAAGGAUGACCUGUGUUGGCUCGUAAUACCCUUACGCUGCGCCGGGAGACCACAACACAUAAAAAGUAGCUCGAGCUUAUGCAUCAACUUUGGUACGAGUAGAGUACGUUCCAAAUUCCUCCUCAACGAAAGCAGUGUGACAGUCCUGAUCGAGGGUGGAGAGCCGCACGAGCCUGUACUGCAGGAUUUACAUGAAAAUACGAGACUUGAAAUUCAUGCAAGUCCUCAGCUUCGCGGCGCAGAACUUGUAAAAGGGGUGCUCUGUACACCGUGAAUUGGUGCUCGAGCGCCGUGCAAUGCUAACAUUGCCCAUCCAUGACCUUAGAGGUAAGAGGGAAUCGCUUCCUCAUUGCCCAAGUGGUUACAAACAUCCUCGGUGAUCUGGUGAGACGUGUACACCGUAGAUCUUUGACACCGAUGAACUCAGUCCACGCUUGAAGACGAAAUUCUCAGUCAAGUUUGUU